GCGUGUGUUUAUGUGUGUUUGUGUGUGUUUACGGGUGAGCAUGCGUGUGUGUGCGUGUGUGUGUGUGUGUGUGUGUGUGUGUGUGUGUGUUUAUGUGUGAGAGUGUGUUAUUGUAUAUCUAGCCGGUGUUGUGUUUACACACAUAAUCACAGCAUGUGUGAAUGAGAGAAAGGAAAGGUGCCGCCCCUUCUUGGCGAGCCUUGCCGGGAAUCCACGUUCUCGUCUUACAGGUUUUCCCACACACACGCAUCCCUAGACAGGUGGAGCUGGAGCGAUCUGAAUAAAUACCCACGCUGGUCUUCCCCUCCAGACAAACCACACGGUCUCACGCCUCGGCUCUAUACCUGACUGGCCCUGACCUUCUCAACGGGACCGUUUGGACUAUAACCUCUCGGCCGGUCGCCGGGCUUCUAGGGGAAGAUUUGGUUGCCAUGGCGGUGGCGGACCUGGAGAUGGACCCCGAGCUGGGGGACGAGGAGGGCGACGAGCUGUGGGAGCUGAUCAACGACAACCGGCACGGCGUGUCGCUGCAGGUGCGCCCGUGCAUCGUCAUGCCCUACCUGCGGCAGGCGCGCGUGCUCUCGGAGAUCGACGAGGACGAGAUCAUCAACUGCCACCAGCUCAAGAACUUCUCCAUGAAGACCAGCCACAUGCUGGACCUGCUGCGCUCGCGCGGCCGUAACGGGGCGGUGGCCCUGCUGGAGAGCCUGAUGAUCCACUACCCCGCCGUCUACACACGCAUCACCGGACGCAAGCCCAGCACCGAGCCCUCGGGCUUCAGCGGCCUGAUCAAGUACUCGGAGCUGACGGAGUACCUGGUGCGGGCGGUCACCAGCAUGCAGAAGGAGCUGGCGGAGACGCGUCAGGAGGCGGACCAGCUGCGGGAGCGCUGCGCGGGGCUGGAGGCGGAGGCGGGCGGGGCGGCCGAGCACCUCGAGGAGCUGCGGCGUCUGCGCGAGGAGAGCGGCCGCCUGCGCAGCCACCUGGCCAGCCUGCACCGCGACCUGCUCCGGGUCAAGGACGAGAAGUGCGAGCUGUACGGACGCUACGCCGCCGCCGUGGAGGAGAAGUCGGCCGUCGGCCUGCGCUGCCGCGACCUCAACCUGCAGAUCUAUCAGCUGCAGUGUGAGUUGCGUAAGGCCCAGACGGAGACGGACUUCCAGCGGCGGCGAUCACUGCGUUGCGUCUCCCCCAGCGACACCCAGCAGCUCAGGGACGAGAUCUCCACGCUGCGCCGCAAACUCAUGGAGGCCGAGAAGUUCAGCCCGGCGCGGGAGGACAUCCUGGCCCAGGACCUGGUGGAGGCUCAGGACCGGCGCUCGGAGCUGGCCGAGCAGCUGUACAGGCUGCGGGAGGACAACGAGAGGCUGGCCAGAGAGGCCGAGGAGCUGUUUGAGGAGAAGGAGGCCCUGGCGCUGCAGGUGCAGAAGCUGUCGCUGGACUGUGAGAUGUACCAGCAGAAGAGCACCGUCUUCCACAGUCAGCUGAGGGAGCUGCAGGCCGAGAGGGACAGGGCCUACCUGUCCAGGGACGACGCCCAGGCCCAGAUAGCGCGUAGCCUGGCGGAGAAGGACGUGCUGCGCAGUCAGCUGGUGGAGCUGCAGGAGAAGGUGUUCAACCUGAGAGCCCGCAGCACUGAGAGGGGACCCAGGGACAAGUCACGCACCAGGCAGUGGAGUUGGGAGAGCAGCUGUUGCGGCUCCAGCAGCGAGGGCGCCCCGCCCAGCCCUCAGCCUCGCUCCCGGCUGUGUCGCAUGAACGCCAUCGGGCCCGACCAGGAGCUCAGUGAAGGGGGACUGACCAGCAUCAGUUCGAACCACGUGGAGCCACCAGGUUCUGACUCUCUGCGCAGACGCCAGUUUGACUUGAGCUUCGACAACAGCCUCGAGACAGAGGACAGUCCUUUCUCCUUGGACACGGAGAGCGACUUUGUCAUUAUCAAAGACGGCAAGUCAGCAUCACUCCCCAGCCUUCCACAGAAGAGCCGCAGCCUUGACGCUGUGUCGCGGGCGUCUGCGCCUCCGUUCCUGAUGCGCUCGCGGCCGCAGGCGGUGCGCAUAACGGGCCGCCCGCUCACCCUCACCAUCCAGGACGGCGCACUGCUCAGCCAGAUCCAGGUCAUCGGGGGCAACAAGACGGGCGUGUUCGUGCACCGGGUCAACGAGGGCUCGUCUGCCCGCACGGCCGGGGUCAGCCCCGGAGCCCAGAUCCUAGAGGUGAAGUACGAGGAGGAGAGGCAGUCGUUGCGGAUGGUUCUGGAGGACUCCACCCAGGAGGAGGCGCUGUGGGCUCUGAGGCAGGUGCAGGGGCCCUGCCAGCUCUCACUCAGGCCCAACCAGGACGUGUACGAGAGCCUUCGGCAGCAGCUGGCGAAGGGCGAGGCCACCUCCGGGGACUCCUUCUACGUUCGGGUCAACAUGUCCGUGCCGGCGGGCACCACCGCCGGCGGCCUGUCCAUCAAGUGCAACGACAUCCUGCACGUCACCAACACCUGCCACAGCACCGAGGGCACCUGGUGGGCCAGCCUGGUGCACCCAUGCCAGCUGCAGGACCUGAAGAGUGGCAGCGUGCCCAACUACUACAGGGCUCAGCGUUUGCUGAUUCAUUCGAUAGAAGACAUGACCUUCCAGCAUCGAGCUCACAAAAAGGUGGAGCGCGUUCAGGGGAAGCAGAAGGCCGUGCGGAUCGUCAGCACCGGCCGGCAACCGCGCAACCCGCUCUGGGUCAGCGUCAAGAAGGACAGUGGUGGCAGCACCCCCAGGAGCUGUGUCACCCUCAUGCCGUACACGCUGGUCACACCCCACUACCCACCCGUCUGCCGCCCGGUCCUCCUCCUUCCCACAGUCCUCGGCCGGGUGCUCCACAAGAGGCUGGCCGAGAUGGAGGGCUACCAGCUCUGUGAACCUGAAACGCUGAGUGCGAGUGAGCAUGCGGUGCGGGUGCAGAAAGGGGAGGUUCUGGAGGAGUGUGGAGACCCCAACACCCACCACUGCUACACCCUGCAGGGGGUGGAGAAGAUCAUGAAGAGGGGGACCCACUGCGUCCUGCCGCUGGGGCUGGACUGUGUGCGGCGUCUCCACCGGGCGGAGAUCUUCCCCAUCAUCAUCUUCAUGGCCGCCACCAAGUGCAGCACCUCCCGACUCAAACAUCGUCUGCGGCAGCACAGUGUGUCGGAGGCGCAGCUGCUGGACAGUUCGCGUGCGGAGGAGCCGCUGCUGGACAAGCUGCCGUGUCUGUACCGCACGCUGCAGCCCGAGUGCUGGAGGGAGGCGGCGCUGCUGGAGCUCAUCCAGGCCGCCGUGGUGGAGGAGCAGCAGAAGGUCGUCUGGGUCGAGCCUGACCUCUGGUGACCCCUGGUGACCCCUGGGGACCCCUGGUGACCCGGUCAGACGCCAGGAGCUGAGAGGACAUCCCCGGUCAUCCACUGGUGCUGUUGAUCUGUUACCUACAUAUGCUCACCCCAUAACAACAACAACAACAACAACAACAAAAGCAGCAAUAAUAAUGAUGUUAUUAUUAAGAAUGAUAAUAGUUAUAAUGAUAAUAAUAGUAUUAAUAAUAAUAUUUAUAAUGAUGAUAUUUAUAAUAAUCAGGUCACACAAAGUGCUUUGCAAAGCACAAGUCAUACUGAUAAAAUAAAACGGAGGCACUAAGGCAACAUUUAGUAGACUUAAGUGCCAGCCUCAUAGUGUAAUAGGUCAUAGGAUAUAGUUUUAGUGUUUAAGGAUGAUUAAUUAUAGAAUGUUACAUUCUUUUUAAUAUGUCAUUAACAUGUUUUGUAAACAUUUUGUCUGUUGUGGAUGUAACUAGUCAGGUAGCAUGAUAGGGACACUACGGACAAAAGCGGGUCCUUAGGAGUCCUAAUUAGGUGCCAGGGGGCUUUAGUGUGCCCAUAUUAGGCUAGAUUUUGUAGCCGUUAAGUGCAGUGGCACCUAUCUCAGUUUGAAUCUUCAGGAUCCAAUGAGGCACUGAAUAAAUAUGGUGCCUUUCUCCAGCAUGUCCCCAAAAACUAAGUUACUAAGCUACCUGACUGGACAACACAUGAGACUUUUCAGCAGGUCUGAGCACAGUGCUCGCAAGGUUUUAUGCUAUGGCAUAAUCUACUCCUAAUUACUAUAGCAGCCUAUUCAUCUUGCACAACCUUACCUUUAAAGGGCAUUGCCUUUCAGGGAAACCGCUACACUUAUCGCUACACUUAUUGUAGAUGAUGGUGCUUUUACCUCACAAGAAACAGAUGGGCUGUUUUGGAAGAGGGAGAGAGUAGCCUAUAGUUCUUCUCGACCACAGAUUGUAUAUGGUGUGUAUAUAUACAUGUAUAUAGAUAUGUAUAUUGUAAAUGGUAUGUAUAUAUUAUGUCUAUUGUAUGCUGUCCAUGGGCUGAGUGCUCUGCAGUCAUUCUCAGAGUGUGCUCAGGCUUGUGGGAUGAAAGAUGCAGGUGUCACUGACAGCCAUGUGUGGAAUGCAGACGUACUGGAGUGCAUGUCUGUGUUGUAUCUGAAGUAUCACUCUCUCUUACUAGCUGAUCAGCAUUCUCUUCCUCUCUCUCUCUCUCUCUCUCUCUCUCUCUCUAUCUUUUUCCACUAUGUCAUCACUGUGUUUUCUCCAGCUGGUUUGCUCCUGUUAUUAACCAGCUCUGAGACCAGAUUGUGAGAUAAAAAAAAAGGUUGUCUCUUUAUAUGAUGAAUGAAUUGUGUUGGUAUGACACAUUGGUUUGUGACUUGAGUUGGUUCUAACAGAUGCCUGGAAGGUGUAAAUUCACACAGUGCAGUGUUUGACAUGUGGCGAUUGGAAGAAAAGACUUUAUUGUGGUCCUUUUCCUCCACUGAUAGACGGUAACAGAUGAGGCCCAGUGGCUGUGUGAGAUUGCUGUGCUAUGGUGGGUAGGCGGUGCAGUGUGUGCUGAGGUUGAGACUGAGUGUGUUGGUAAGGGAUGUGCAGACGAUAUCUCUUGUAAACUUCUAUAUUUAACAUUUAAAUGCUGGGCCACUCGGACCAGAGUACUGCCUGAAACAGGGUGUGUUUCAUCUUGAGCCACCAAUAAAUGGCUUUAUUUCUUUCAGCUGUUAACUAUUGUCAAUACGGUAUGGCAACAUUUUAUGUGAGAUUUUUUUGUAUGUUUCCACAUUGUUUUAAGAAGAUGUUUAUUUAAUGUUUUGUAUUUUUAGCGUUUAAAAGAAACCAACCCUAAACUACACCAUCAGAAUGUAAAAUGGCAAAUGAAUGCAAUGAUUUAAUCCUGUUAUGCAUGUUCUAACAAUAAAUAAAAGUGCAGCU